AUGGCACAAAGCAAGGAAACUCCCCGUAUUCGGGCAUGUCUCUUCGACAUGGAUGGCCUGCUGAUUGACUCAGAGGACAAGUACACGAUGAUCACCAACGAGGUCCUUCAGAUGUAUGGCAAGCCUAAUCUGCCCUGGUCAGUCAAGGCUCAAUUGCAGGGACGCCCCCAACCCGAGGCCAGCAAAAUCUUCCACGACUGGGCGAAACUGCCUAUUACUCCCGAGGAGACCGCUGCCAAGCAAUCUUCUCUCCAAGCCAAGUACUUCCCGCAGAGUGGACCGCUGCCAGGCGUCCCUGCUCUGCUGUCCAAACUUGUGUCGACCCAGACUACAGACCAGCCUUGCCAUAUCGCAUUGGCAACAUCCUCCAACAGCAGGAAUUUCAAGCUGAAGACGGACCACCUAACUGAUCUCUUUGCCGCAUUCCCCGAGGUCCACCGUGUUCUUGGCGAUGACCCACGGAUUGGAAAGGGACGAGGCAAGCCCCUGCCAGAUAUCUACCUGCUCGCCCUGGAGACCAUCAAUGAGGACUUGCGCAGUAAGGGCCAAACUGAAAUCAAGCCUGAAGAAUGCCUGGUCUUUGAAGAUGCGGUUCCUGGCGUUGAGGCUGGUCGCCGGGCUGGUAUGCAGGUCGUCUGGUGCCCUCACCCUGGUCUGCUUGAGGCGUACAAGGGCCGCGAGGAAGAAGUACUUGCGGGACUGACGGGCUCUCACAAAGAAGAGGAGAAGACAGAGGCGGAGAAGGAGGCAGACCAAUUGCAAGCAUCGCGUGUCCUGGGCGCUGGCAAGCCUGGUGUCCUGGGCGAUGGAUGGGGACAGCUUUACAACUCCUUGGAAGACUUCCCCUUUGCACGAUAUGGCAUUCAAAUUCCGUGA